AUGGUGUCGGUGGCGGGAGGAUUUCUCGUACCAUUCAAAACGAAAGGAACGAUAACUCUGUUUAAUACAUCCGGAGACACUAUGAAGGGACCUUACGAGAUUACUACAGGCCAUUCUGACCACGAUUGGUUUUAUCACCGCGUAAAGUGGGUGGAUAUGAAUGGUGAUGGAGCUAAAGAUGCCGUUACAUGCCGUGCAAAAACGUCAGUAUUUGGGGGAUCAAGUGGUCAACUUGUUUGGUAUGAACAUCCCACAUUGUUUCGGGACAACUUUUUAUACCCGUGGACAGUUCAUGUCAUCGGUGAAGAUUCUGAUACCUUUUUUGACAUUACGUCACUUUCGUCGCCUGACGGGAUGUUGCCGUGUAUAAUAACGACAGGAUAUUUUUCGAACAAACUGAAAAUCUACUGGACGACUGGCAGCAAUUGGAGUAAUCUCGACAUGGUCCAUUCCCGGAUAAUCGACAGCAGUAUAGGUCACGUGUUUGAUGUCCAGGUGGCUGACCUGAAUGAUGACGGUAGAGUUGAUCUCUUAGUGACAGCUAACGGGAUCUCACAAACAGGACUCUACAUUUACGAGAUUCCAACUGAUUUCAGAACCGGUACGUUCACAAGGCACGUGUUAAAAUCAGAUUUCCACAGCCACAACAUUCUGCCAGGAGGGGGCGCUCCAGGCUCAGCUCAGAUAAUUAGGUCAUCUACAACUUCCGUUGGCAAACCGAUGAUUCUGUUAUCUGGUGACGAUGAUAGCCGAGCGUAUUUAUUCUCACCUGUAAAUACGUCUUCCUCCGACUGGUCAUACCGAAUGGACAUUUUCCUGGACAUGCACAGCGGAACAAUCGGAGGCAUUGCCUAUAGUGAUGUGGACAACGAUGGUUUCCCAGAACUAUUUGUACCAGCCUACAGCAGUAACUCUGUAUAUGUGUAUACUUUUAAACAAUAA